GCAGCAAAUGCGUGCGUGGCGCUUGACCAAAUGUCCAAAUGCAAUGCAACUCUUUUCUUCAUUUCCACUCCACCUUCUACACACAACUCAAAACAAACACAACCCUGUCACUGAUGCCAUAAGUGCUUCCUCUCGUUUCCAACACUUUCUAUUUCUAGGUUAUCAUAAUAACUUUGCAGUGUUCCUUCGCACCUUUCAGACUCUCACGAUUUAAAAUCACCAUUCACCACUUACUACGCACCGUUUCGAUCCCGCGGACUCUUCGGGAGCUUCAAAGAGGAACGGAGCAGAGUUCGAAGUGCACACUCUAGCUAGCGCUUCUAGAAGAUGUCACUUUAUAUUGGUAAUCUGUCAGAACAUUCUCAAAGAGAUGAUCUCGAGCGUGUUUUCCGUCGAUUUGGGCAUUGUAAUGUUCAGCUGAAAAGAGAUGGCUAUGGCUUUGUAGUAUUUGAUUUCCCUCCCGAUGCGGAAAAGGCUCUGAGAGCACUGAAAGGUAGAAAUAUAUGUGGUGAACCGUUGACACUAACAUGGUCCAAUAAACAGCCUAGUACACAUUUUUCUAGAAUUCCUAGUGGUGGCAGAAGAAAUGUGUAUGAGUUACAACAUGCGAGGAAUCCUGAAAGAGUCGGGUAUGUGAGAAGGAGAUCUGGUUUCAGCGGGUGGUCGAAUCAGAAGAUGGGAAGGGGAAAAUCUGUGGAAAUGCCCAGUGAGGAGAGGGGAUAUCGUCAUGAUGAUUUUAAAGAUUAUGUUGGGGAAGAAAAAAAAUUUGGGGGAGACUUUCCCUAUGAAGGCGGUGGAGUUGUUCCUAACAAGGAGGAUGAGCCAGUUCAUGACCCGUUAGUGGACAAUGGGAAUGGAAAUGCUAUAGAAUUUGAUCGUUAUGAACCUUACCAGGGCAAUGAUAGGAAGCAUGACAAUGAAGAUUAUCAUGUCGGUUACUCUGGUGGUUCUCCUGCAGCCCAUUCCCUAGAGAAUGUGAGCAGAGCCAUUGGCGAGGAUACCUCAAAUCGUCCAAAUGGGUCAAAAUUCCAGCAAAUUUGUUUUAGAUGUGGUGAUCCUGGUCAUAAAAUUCGAAAUUGUCCAAAAGAACAUACUUCACAGAGGAAAUAUAACAGGUUGGAUGUUUGGCAGAAUAAUAGAAUAGACAAGAAGCAUAAAAGUGAAGAUGUGAAUAAAUUUGAAUCUGAUUCCUUGGCAAAGCUGCAGUCAAAUUUGGAGCCGUUGUCACUGAGGCACCAGAGAGAUGGGAGGAGGUUGUCUGGUUCACGACAUCACCAUGCACCAUGGAGAAAUGAAUCAUUCCCGGGAGCAAGGGAAACUGAUAGGCAUAAAAAAAAGGAAUAUGUAGGAAAGAAACGAAGCAGAAAUGACAUAGAAUUGCCUAAACAAUCUAAUGCAAAGAUAUCCAAGCGGUCAGUCUCAUCCUCUUUGCUAUCUGAUUACUCUGCAUCUCACUUUCUUUCAAAUUCUCAGUCAUCCAAGUCAUUGCGUAGGUCUAGUUCCCAUUCUAGAUCAAGAUCAGUGUCUUCUAGAUCACAUUCUUCAUCAUCAAAAUCUCAGUAUUGUAAAGGUAAAAGUUUGAAUUCUAGGAGAUCAAGCUCCCCUAUGUCUCUGUGUCUAUCACUCAAUCAGACUUUAUCAUCAUCUCCAAAUAAAAUACAGUUGAAUUCAAAAGCCUCGUCCAUUAAUGGUACUGCUCUUGAAUCUGUGGAGCAUUUGGUUGCACAGGGACAACAAAUUGGCAGUAAAAUGGAAUUGGAUAAUCUUCAAUCCAAGGGUACAGGUGUUGCUGUAAAUGGAAAAGCUGCAGUGUAUACCACAGUGGUGGAUGGUGUGGAAAAGGGCCAAUUUGUACAGGAGGACAAUCAUGAAAAUCAUUUUAUCUUAAAAUCAUCUGACAGAGUAACAGAUUUAAACGAACCACUUGUUGGGAAUUUAUCUCCACCGAUAGAAAAAGAGACAAAGGAUAUUGAGCAUUCUGGAGCAAUGAUGUUGGAUGAUAUUUCAACAGAAAUUCAGAAGUCUGCUUCUGAAACUAAUGUCAAUCUCCAUUCUAACCUUUCAACCAUUGUAUCCACAGAGGAGAUUUGCAUGGUUCUUAAUACCUAUGGCUUGGAACUUCCAAAAGACGAUGAAAACAAUUUAACAAUUGAUGCCUUAUUUGGUUGUGCUCGGUUGUGGCCUUGGCAUGUUGUUUAUUACCGUAGGUUGAAGAAAGGCCCAAUUUCAACUGAGAACUAUGCCAGGCGGGUUGCUCAGAAUCAGGAAUUUGGCAUUGUUGAUAAGUAUGUAAGAAGCAGUAGUGGAUGGGGAGAGUUCAGUCUUGAGAAUGCUUAAUUGUUCAUAGUGCCACAGGCGAUGCCUCAGUGGUAGAUUUAUUCUCAUAGGAGCUAUGUAUCUAUGUUCUACGCUGUCUUUUCUGCAUGGCUCUCAGUGGAAUUCAGAUGUGAUUAUAUGGUAAUCAUUGUAAGGAAAUUUGCUCAGCAGGAAUCUACACUGUUUUAUUAUUAUUCGAUUUGUUUUCUGUGCUCGCUCAAAAGAAGGGGGAGAAGGAGAUCUUUUAACUUGUUUACUGCACUAAUGAGUUCAUUGGUGCAAUAUUAUAGUGCUGAUAUGCUAGGGGUGGCAACUUGGAAGCAUAUGCACACAACAGGGUUGACAUGGGUUGCACACGGGAGUGGAAGUAGAAAAGGACUUCUCUCUUCAUUCUACGGUAUGUAGAGAGAACAAAUUGUGGAGGGACCAUUUGACUUUUUGAAGAACUAGAGUAGAGUCUUCAACUCACUUUUGCAAGUAGAUUGACUAUGGAUUUGGAAUCUUGCCUGUCAUAGUACCAUCUAGUUGGAGAAAGAGAAACAAGUUUUCUUGUGCGGGGCAGCAUGAUGGUUUAUGGGUUUACAUGAAUUAAAAACUGUCUAUUGAUCCCUGUAAUAGAACGAACCUUUACGGUUGUUUAUAACAGGAGAAUCCAAAUUAUUGAGAGUUUGUUAGUUUUUACACCCUGGAAAAUCAAAAGUUGAUGCUAAUAUAUGGAAAUAGGCCGUGGGAUAAA